UCCCUGGAUGGGGGCGGUGGCGGGGCGGGAGGCGGCCUCCCACUCGCUCCCUGGCCGCUGCUGCCCGCAGUCGCCCCGCCCUUCCCCGCCCGUCCCGCUCCUCCCUCCUUCCUCCCGCGGCCUCCUCCCCGCCCUCCCGCCUUCCUCCGGCUCCCGCGCUGGCUCCUCCACUGCCCGGCUGGGCUCCACACCUGAAGGGCCGUGGUCGCGGCCGCAGCAGCGAGGGGCCGGGCCGGUGGGCGGGGGGCCCCCGCAUGGCCCCGCCGUGAGGGGCUGCACCCCGAGAGUGGACCAAGACCGGUGCAGAGGGGGCCUGGUCGGCCAUUAAUGCUGUGGAUGUGAUGGAUGAGAAGCAGCUCCCGUCUGCACUGCCUGAGGAAUGCGGUGCCUCCCGGAACCCCAGCCUGGAGCCCACAGAGGAGACUGGGAUCCAGAAUGGAAUAGCAGCAAAGAAGGAUCUGGGUGGUGUCCACAGCAGCGCAGGCCAUGGGCCUCCAAAGGGCCCGGACAUGGCCCUUCCCGUCCUCAGCCUUGGCCUCAAUCUCACCAACGGCCUAGCCCUGGGGCCGGACUCCAAGGUUCCAGAAGAUGUCACAGAGCCCAUGCCCUGGAGCGCUGCCGGGUUGGCAGAGGGGGCAGAUGCUGCCGCUGGGAGCCUCUCCGCAGACCUGGAGGGCCCUCAGCUGGGGCCGGGUGGCCCCGGGGAGCCUGACGUGCGAGACGGCUUUAGCGCCACAUUUGAGAAGAUCGUGGAGUCGGAGCUGCUGCGGGGCACCCAGUACAGCAGCCUGGACUCGCUGGACGUCCUGAGCCUCACAGACGAGAGCGACAGCUGCGUCAGCUUUGAGGCUCCUCUCACACCCCUCAUCCAGCAGCGGGCGCGGGACAGCCCUGAGCCUGCCCUCGGCCUGGGCAUGGGCGAUCUGGGGCCUGAGGGAGAUGUGGGCCUGGCCGUUGGCGGGUCUGGCGGCGAGCUGGGCAGUCCCCUGCGGCGCUCCAUCUCCUGCAGCCGCUCUGAGAACGUCCUGAGCCGUCUGUCCCUCACCUCCGUGCCCAACGGCUUCCACCAUGACGACGAAGACGAUGAUGGACUCCAGGACCCUGGCAGGGAGGAGGAGGAUGAGGAGGACGAGGAAGGAGACAAGUUGCUGAACUCGGUCAGCGAGCCGGGCCUGUCGGACUCAGACUCCGAGUUAAGCAGCUCAGAGGGGCCGGAGCCCACCAGUGUGGACCCUCUGGCUAACGGGUGCCCGGGGGUGAGCGAGGCAGCCCGGCGGCUGGCGCGGCGUCUCUACCACCUCGAGGGCUUCCAGCGCUGCGACGUGGCCCGGCAGCUGGGCAAGAACAACGAGUUCAGCAGGCUGGUGGCUGGGGAGUACCUCAGCUUCUUCGACUUCUCGGGCUUAACCCUGGACCGAGCGCUCAGAACUUUCCUGAAGGCCUUCCCGCUGAUGGGGGAGACACAGGAGCGCGAGCGGGUCCUCACGCACUUCUCUCGGCGGUACUGCCAGUGCAACCCUGACGACAGCACCUCAGAAGACGGCAUCCACACGCUCACCUGUGCCCUGAUGCUGCUCAACACGGACCUGCAUGGACAUAAUAUCGGCAAGAAGAUGUCCUGCCAGCAGUUCAUUGCCAACUUGGACCAGCUGAAUGAUGGCCAAGAUUUUGCCAAAGACCUGCUGAAGACCCUUUACAACUCCAUCAAGAAUGAAAAGCUGGAGUGGGCCAUUGAUGAGGAUGAACUCAGGAAGUCUCUGUCGGAGCUGGUGGAUGACAAGUUUGGGACAGGCACGAGGAAGGUGACCCGGAUCCUGGACGGACGCAACCCUUUCCUGGACGUGCCGCAGGCCCUCAGCGCGGCCACCUACAAGCAUGGGCUGCUGACGCGCAAGACCCACGCGGACAUGGACGGCAAGAGGACACCCCGUGGGAGGCGUGGCUGGAAGAAAUUCUACGCAGUGCUCAAAGGGACCAUUCUUUACCUGCAGAAGGAUGAGUACAGGCCUGACCGGGCGCUGUCCGAGGGGGACCUGAAGAACGCCAUCCGCGUGCACCAUGCUCUGGCCACCAGAGCGUCCGACUACAGCAAGAAAUCCAAUGUGCUCAAGUUGAAGACAGCUGACUGGAGGGUCUUCCUCUUCCAGGCCCCGAGCAGGGAAGAGAUGCUCUCCUGGAUCCUGCGCAUCAAUCUGGUGGCAGCCGCCUUCUCGGCCCCAGCCUUCCCCGCUGCUGUCAGCUCCAUGAAGAAGUUCUGCCGGCCCCUGCUGCCCUCCUGCUCCACUCGUCUCUGCCAGGAGGAGCAGCUGCGUUCUCAUGAGAAUAAGCUGAAGCAGGUGACUGCAGAGCUGGCUGAGCACAGGGGCCAGCCCCUGGAGAGGGGCGUCAAGUCCAAGGAGGCGGAGGAGAGCCGGCUAAAGGAGCAUUACCUCACGUUUGAGAAAAGCCGUUAUGAGACCUACAUCCACCUCCUGGCUGUGAAAAUCAAAGUGGGCUCAGAUGACUUGGAGCGGAUCGAGGCCCGACUGGCCACUCUUGAAGGGGAUGACCCUUCUCUGCGCAAGACACAUUCAAGCCCGGCCCUCAGCCAGGGCCAUGGACCUGCGGCUGGCAGCAAAGCUGGGAAGGACAACCAGGGAUCUGACACCUAGCUGGCACGGCUGGGCAGGCCCCAAGGCUGGCAAAUGCCCCCAGUGGGGUCACUGAGCACAAUGCAGUCAGGGGCCACUCUGCAUACAUAGUUGAAGGGCAGGUGGAGGAGUGUGGAAGGUCCCAGGGGUCCAGGAGUUGGAGAGGCUAUUCAUGGUAUUGAUCUUGAUCCUGGGGCUCCUCUGGGCCACAGCCUCUUCCCCCAGCCCUGGUGUUCCCUACACCAUGGAGCAUCAUUUUGUAGUGCAGUAUGUAGGUGCCCUAGAUACCAGGUAAC